AUGGACGCGCGCGCGCGCGAGAAGACGCCGACGAAGCGAUCGGGACGACGCGAGACGACACGCGCGGCGUGGAUGCGCGAUGACGUCGACGACGCGAACGCGCGCGCGGACGAACGAUUCGCUGGCGUCGAUAAGGAGUACAUCGGUUUCGGUGGUGGGAGCGAUGAUGAUGACGACGCGGAGGAUGAAGAGGACGAGGAGGGAUUGAUGGCGGUGACGGAUGAAGAGGACGACUCGGACGACGACGACGACGACGACGACGGCGAGGGCGGUCGCGGUGACGAAGAUGAUUCGGAUGCGUUCGAUGAAUUUUCCGAUAGCGAAGAGGCGGCGCUCGCGAAAGCGAUGAAGGCGCAGAGAAAACGAUUGGAAGGAAAGGUUCGUCGUGACGCGGUGGCGGAAGAGGACGCGAGCGAGAGCGAGAGCGAAAGCGACGGGUUCGGGAUCAAGGGGAGGAAGAAACAGGAUUUCUACGGUGAUGAUGACGUUGACCACGAAGGUUUGAGCGAUGAGGAGGACCGUGAGGAGGAGGAAAAGGAGGUGCGACGGAUGCGAAAGCUCAUGGCGGAGGAAAUGCGAGCGGAGGAUUUUGGCGUCGACAAUGAGAGCGAUUCCGAAAGCGAGGAGGAGUUCACGCUCGGCGCCAAGGCGGCGAAUUUGCGACGAGGUGAUGGAGCGAGACCGUCGAGCAAGAAGUCCUCUCGAGCAAUCGAAGUGGAGACGCUCACCGCGGAGGAGCGCGCCGAGCGUACGGCGGCGGAGGACGAAGCCGCCGCUGCGAACGACGCCCCCGAACUCGUAGCGCUCGCGAACGAGCUCACAUCCACGCUAAAUGCGAUCGAAGAGAGUGUGGAGCCGUUGGUCAAGGCGGCGCGCGAGGGAACGUUCGCGACGGAGGAUGGAAUCUCAUAUUUGGACACCAAGUACCUAUUGAUGCUCAGUUACUGCUCGUCCAUCGUCUUCUAUCUCUUGCUCAAGGCGGAGGGUCGACCGGUGAAGGAUCAUCCCGUGAUUGAGCGAUUGGUGGAGAUCCGUUUGUAUCUCGAAAAGCUCAGACCGAUCGACAAGAAGCUUCAGUAUCAGAUCGACAAGCUACUGAAACUCGCGAGCGCGUCGGAUCGCGCUGAGGGUAGCAAGGCGGCGGAAGACGAUGGUGCCGAUCCCUUGCGUUUCGCACCGAAUCCCAAGGCUUUGGUUUCCAAGACUGAGGAAGGUGAAGAGGGUGGCGACGGCGUGUAUCGACCGCCCAAAAUGCUGCCGACUGCCAUGGACUACGAGAUCGGCGGAAGAGAUGCUAAGGAGUUGCGCAAGAACAAGGAACUCCGCCGACGCGCUGGACGCUCGCAACUCAUCAAGGAGCUUGCGCGCGAGGUCGGCGAAGCGCCGGAGGAGCUCGGCGCGGGCGACGAGGACUUGGCCCAAAACGCCUUUGCGAAGCGCGAGAUUGCUCGCAUGGAGGCUCGUGCGCGCGUCGAAGAAGAUCUAUUCACGCGUGUACCGCUUUCCAAGCAAGAGCGCAAGCGCCAAAAGGCGUCAACGAGAAACGUCAACUCGCUCGCCGCCGUGGGCGAUUUCGGCGACGACGUGGCCGAUCUUGUCGAACGCACGGAAGUUUUGGACAAGACGACGCGCAAGCGCCGCUUGGUCGACACAGUGGCCGAUGGUUACACGACAGCAAAGCCGGAGAUCGCGUCCGGCGAAAUCGAUGUGCCGAUUCGCGAUACGCUUGGGGAACGCCGAUCGAAGUACGAACGCGGCGUCGCUCGCGCUUUAUCACGCCGAGAACGUAUGCGUAUGGAUGUCGAAGACGACCAGCCUCGUGGUCCGCGUAUCGACGACGAAGACGAAUACGUCGCGGCGGCGGAUUUGCGCGAUCGAAAGCGUCGGGACAAGGCGGAGAAGUACGCCAGAGAGCCGGGCCUCAUCGCCGCCCCCGAGGAGGACGUCGAUGGCAAGCGCGAAAUCGGUGCGAAGAUCAUGGCAAACAGGGGUCUCACGCCGCAUCGCAGCAAAGAAACGAAGAACCCGCGUGUGCGUCUUCGUGGCAAGCAUGCUCGCGCAGUCACUCGCCGAAAGGGUUCGAUUCGCGAUGUCAAGGAGCAAACCGCGGGUUACGGCGGGGAACUUACCGGUGUCAAGACGAGUGUUGUCAAGAGCCGAAAGUUUUCAUGA